AUGACAUUUGUCCCUGGUACUGAUUCCCUGGCAUGGACUGAUGAGCAAACCCGGUUCUACCUCAAACUGAGAGUUGAGGAGAAGCUGAAAGGAAAUGAAAGAAAAGGAAAUCUUAAUGAAGUUGGGAGACAGUCCAUUAUCGACAAGUUUUAUGAAGCUUAUGGGGAAAGACACGUUUGGAGAAAAUUUGGGAUCAAGCACACUACUUGCGAAACUCAGUAUGCAAGGUUCAAACGGUUGAUCAACAAGAGGACCGGACUUGGCUAUGAUGCAAAUGGGUACGUAGACAUGUCUGAUGACUGGUGGGAUCAACUUUUUAAGGAAUUCCCAUCAGCUAGAAAGCUUAAAGAGAAUCCACUAGCAAAUGUUGACUUGUUGGAGAAUGUGUUUGGAGCGGUUCAUGUAAGUGGAGGUGAAGGAUGGACUGCUCAGCAAGGCGAAGACUCUUUGGAUAAGCAAGGCGACAAUAAUGAUGGUGAUGCUGAAGACACUGAUGUGGAUCAAGUUCCUCCUACUCAAGAUAUCAGUGCUCCAGCUGAAUCAAGAACUGCUGGCCCUUCAUCCAGUAGAGCAAAAGCUAACAGGAAGAGAUCAAGGGCUGCUCAAGUAGGACAGACUGUAGUAGAUUGUCUUUCUGACAAGAACAAGAUGAUAGGGAACCACCCUGAGUUCAGUUGCAGCCAGCUUACAGCUAUGGAAGCCUUACACUCACUGUCUGCUAUCAGGCACUGGUCUCCUUUGUACAAGGCAGCCAUCGAUCAUCUCAAGCAGGACCCUACCAAUCGUCAGACCUUCUUGUUCUAUAAAGAUGAUGAGGACAAGGUUCUCUACUUGGAGUAUGCUACUGGUGAAAGUAGAGAUGCUUGAAGACUAUGUUAUGCUUGUGUUUCUGUUUGUGUUUUGUAUGAACUCUAGUGUUCUUUUGGUUUGUGUUUGUUAUGUUCAAAACUAUACUGUUCUUUUGGUUUGUGUUUGUUAUGAGAAUCAGCUUUUGGUUUGUGUUUGUUAUGUUCAAAACUCUACUGUUCUGUUUGUGUUUUGUAUGAGCUUUUGUUUGGAGUGCAAUGGUUCUGACCUUUGGUGAACCAUUUGGUUUUGAUAUUUCAGGUUUGGUGAAGUAGAGGAUACAGUUUGGUGAAGUAGAGGAAGUCGAGAUGGACAGUAACGUAAGUCUAAUAUCUGUUACUAAAUUCUAAUAUCUAAUAUAUGUGUAUAAACAUGUUACUAAAUUCUAAUAUCUGUUACUAAAUUCUUUGUGUAUUUGCAGAGCAUAUUAAGACUUUUAAUUGAAGAUGAUGAGUUGGAUUUGUUAUUUGAUGAGAAUCAGUACAUGUGUGCUCUUUUGGAGGAGAUGGGUGGAGCAACAGAAGCUGAUGCUGAUAGGCAAUUAGUCAGGACAAACCGAGGUGAAGGUUGGCGACGUGUGCAACGUUUUAUGAACGGGUCUGAGGUACAAUGCUAUGAGAUUCUACGCAUGAACCAGGAAACAUUUAAGAGUUUGUGUAAGGUGCUAUCAGAAAAGUAUGGGUUAAAGGAGACUCACAAUGUUUACGUUGAGGAGAGUGUUGCAAUGUUCUUAGAGACGGUCGGACAAGACGCAACUGUACGGGCUAUAUCAGAGCAUUAUCAGCAUUCAACUGACACUGUGAAAAAGAAGUUAGAACAGGUAUUAAGUUCUCUCUUGAAGCUUGCAUCAGACAUUGUGAAACCGACUAGGAAUGAGUUUGCAACUGCUAGUCCUUUUCUAGAAGGUAAACCACAGUAUUGGCCUUACUUUAAGAACUGCAUAGGUGCUUUAGAUGGAACUCAUAUUGCUGUCCGUCCACCAUCUGGGAAUAGUGAGCCAUUUAGAGGUAGAAAAGGUGAACCAACCAUGAAUGUGCUGGCUAUUUGUAAUUUUGACAUGAGGUUCAUCUACGCU